AUGAAUGCUACAUUUGGUGGAGAUGAUUGGAAUACUACUAUGGAUACUUCUACAUUAGGAGAUACUCAAGAUACAAGAAUUAAAAAUUUUGAUCCAUCUCAACAGCCUCUCUCUGUAGAAAUAAAAGAUCUUUGUGCAAUUCCCGAUGGUAGGGAUAAAAUUACCUAUGGGACAUACAAUUUCUCUAAAAUAUCUUUUUGUGGUAAAGUAAUUAACGUGGAGAAUGAAGAUGGAUCUCUUAUUUAUGUUGUUGCUGAUAUGGAUGAUAGUUCUCAAACUAUAAAGUGCUACUCUUACAACACAAAUAACUCAUAUAAUCAAAAGUAUGUUGAGGGAUCAAUUAUUGGUUUAUGUGGAAAAUUGCACUAUAGAAAUAGUCAAUUGGAUGUUAUCACUCUUUCAGUGUAUGAAAUUAGUGAUUUAACUGAAAUUGAUGUUUUUAAAUUGUGGGCGCGUUUAGCAAAAUUUGAAUUUGAACGUGGUUUUCUCAAUAUGAUGUACAGUGGACUUUUUGAAUUUGAUAAUGUCAAAGGAUAUGGUUUGCCUAUUAGAGGAGAUAAAAAGAAGAUGGCCGUUGGUGCUGCCGCUUCUGUUUCUGGAGAAAGUGUUCAAGCUCUUGGUCAACUUAUUAUAAGACAUCUCAAAGAAAGUGGUCGAGAUAAAUUUAAUGUUGUUGAUAUGGCACUAGCUCUCAAUGUAUCAGCUGAGCGGGUUUACCGUGCUGUUGAGGCACUUGAAGCCGAAGGAAAUGUUUUUAUGGAUGGUGAAGGGUCUUAUGGAUUAGGUUGUUAG